AAUCAUUUCCCUAACGACUCUUGGGUUUUGAAUUACUCUUUUAACGGUUUCGGUUUCCGAUUUGAACUGAAAAGAGCCGUUCGUUGCGAACAUCUCAUCACUAAAGGAUGAGAUUUAAAGGAAUGCGUUUAGGGAGGGAUAAGAACACUGAGACCGGAUUCAUGAAGAAAUAUUUUUUGUGAACUGUGGUUUCAAGGUUACAAAGGGCUCCAUUCUGAAGGUCUGCUUUUUGCCCCACAGCUAGUUGGUGCCACAAGUUUCAAGGAGUGCUUGAUGCAGACAAAAAGAGUAGAAUGGCUCAGACUAAAGCACAUCAAAAGCUUUUUUGGGAAAUCCAAAAACAGCUAAUGCAGCUCAAUGAAGAGCAGCUAUGCAUCCUGGCAGAUGUCCUGAGUUUGGAAAUGCCUGAAAAAGCCCCAACUCUUACAGGAUCCAACGAAGCAGAACUGUUUGACUACAUUCUGAGAUCAAUGAAGAGUCAACAGCUGAAUCAACCAGAGUUUGAAUGUGUCAGUCAGCUGCUUUUUCUGCAAGAUGCCAUCACCAACCUGCUGGAGGAAAGUGACAGCAACACAAUGACCAGGGAGACGAAUCCGUCUCGACAGGAGUCAACAGACAAGAUGCUGGAGGAAAGUGACAGCAACACAAUGACCAGGGAGAAGAAUCCGUCUCGACAGGAGUCAACAGACAAGAUGCUGGAGGAAAGUGACAGCAACACAAUGACCAGGGAGACGAAUCCGUCUCGACAGGAGUCAACAGACAAGAUGCUGGAGGAAAGUGACAGCAAGACAACGACCAGGGAGAAGAAUCCGUCUCGACAGGAGUCAACAGACAAGAUGCUGGAGGAAAGUGACAGCAACACAAUGACCAGGGAGAAGAAUCCGUCUCGACAGGAGUCAACAGACAAGAUGCUGGAGGAAAGUGACAGCAAGACAACGACCAGGGAGACGAAUCCGUCUCGACAGGAGUCAACAGACAAGAUGCUGGAGGAAAGUGACAGCAACACAAUGACCAGGGAGACGAAUCCGUCUCGACAGGAGUCAACAGACAAGAUGCUGGAGGAAAGUGACAGCAACACAACGACCAGGGAGAAGAAUCCGUCUCGACAGGAGUCAACAGACAAUGAAUUCUCAGACACACCAACAUGUAGCAGACGUGAGCAGGUUCCUGAGGAUGUCACCGUACCUGACGCCACCAAUCCAGGGAUCAUCGACGUAAUCUCAGACAGGGGGGAAGACAUCCGAGACGUGGCGUUUAAGGACCUAUUUCAGAGACUAGGGCUAUGGGAUUCAUAUCCAAAGAAGAUACAAAUGAAAGACAUACUCCUCAUAAAGAAGCUUCCUAAAAGUCAGGAGUUAACUGAAAAAGAUCUAUGGUUUCAGUAUGUGAAUAUGGUUAUGAUGUUAGACUGCAGGGCCCGUCACUUGUUCUUAAGAUCACCUGAAGACCUUGCAAAUAUAGCCCAUGCUGAUGAUAAGGAUGUACAAGAUGAUGAUGAUGAUUUCUUUACUUCACAUGUUAAAGCGGCCGAGGCAGUCCCACCUCAGACCCACAUCCAUCCAAUGGAUCUUCACAUGGCGGUUUUUCACUGCUCUGACAAUUUUGUGAGACAGUACCUCAACGGUAAACUCUCCACUUGUCAGUUCGCUUUACCUCUGUUAAUUCCCAACCCUUGGACUGAGGAUAUAGAAUUUCCUGCGUGGGCUCUGAGAAAGAUCAAGAAGACAAACAAAAAUGUUGCGGAACACAUUUUUAAUGUGCCUGUGCCUAUUGUGACCAUCAUGAGGUUGGGAUCAUCUCCCAACUCCAAGUCUCAAAUUAUGAGUAACAUUAUCAACAAGAAGAAACAUCCAGUGUUCUUCAAUCGUCACUGCACUGGAAGCACAAAUAACAGCCUACUUGUAAACGGGCUUGCUGAAAUAUCCUGGUACUGUCCAGGGGGGAGAGAUGACGAUGUAUUUGACAGAUGCGUUGCAUUUGUCAACCUCCACGGCGAUGCCUGCCAACUCCCCAGACAGGUGCGGUUUCUACAGGAAGUGAGCAAUGCCAUGAUUCUCCUGCUCCCUGAUCGACCUCUGAAGAGUGAAGAACUAAAGGUCGCACAGAAGUUGCACAAAGUCCCAGUUCCUCUGAUAACGCUGUUUUCUGAGCUUGAGAAGGUGACCAACAGUAGCAACGCAAACAUUAAAUUUAAAAUUGCAGCCAAAAACAGAAAUGAGGCUGAACUAACAGAAGAGAUUGUUCAAAAGAUUUCUGAAUUUAUUUCAAGUGAAACCAAAACAUGCAGCCUGGAGAUGUGUUUGGACAUUGUGAAAAAGAACAAUUUCAAAUUAGAUGAGGAUGAGAAAAGCUGUAAGGAUGGGAAAGAGAUCAGUCAACUGUUGAUGUACUUGUUGAAGGAAACAUCUGGGGAACCAUUUCUGGAUUCAACCUUGAAGGAGAAACUUUUGCCAUUACAAGGCAAACUGUGGCAGGAGUGGUGUAAAAAUGAUAAACUGCUGUGUCGUUUACCAAAUAAAGCAGAUACCAGUCUAGAACAGCAUGCAAGUGAAAUAAAGAUGGCUCUUAAAUCUAGUCGGAAAGAGCAACUAAACGCUGCUCUCCCCUUGAACAACUUCUUGUUAAAAUUAUUAAAAAGUUUGUCUCAUUCUGAGGACGAGGAGAUUUUGUACAUGUUACAGUGGCUUUGCAUGUCCCUUGACCAGCACACCGCAGGAAUUCUCUCAGGUCUACAGGAGAAAUACCACAAAAUAUGGAUGACGCAGAGGAGCAAAAUGGACAAAAAUUCAGCUCAGCUAGAUAAAAAGCUAAGCAAAAUUUCAGCACAGAUAAAGGCCUCUGGUUUUACUCUUAAUGAUAUCAUGAGAGAAAUAUCUCAGCUAUAUGAAGCUCCUCAUGACAUGAAGUACACUGGGGAACACAAAUCUUUUUUUGACAACCUUCCUUCUAUUGGAGCUGAUAUGCUUAUGUUGGGCUAUCCACUUGAGUUGAUGAACGGAGAUGUGUCCCAUGUUCCUCUGACAUGGCUUAAGGCUGUUUUUGGCAAACUGAUUCAAAAGCUUGGGGACAAGAAUAUAUUUGUUCUCUCAGUUCUUGGGGUGCAAAGCUCUGGGAAGUCAACUCUUUUGAACACAAUGUUUGGACUUCAGUUUGCAGUAAGUGCUGGGCGAUGCACAAGUGGAGCAUUUAUGCAAUUACUGAUAGAUGAAGAGAUGAAAAACCAGCUGCAGUAUGACUUUGUCCUGGUGAUCGAUUCAGAAGGUUUAAGAUCACCAGAGCUCAGUUCUGAAGCAACACUGACACAUGACAAUGAAUUGGCAACAUUCAUUAUAGGGAUAGGUGACUUGACCCUGAUCAACAUCAUGGGAGAAAACCCAUCUGAAAUGCAGGACAUUCUUCAGAUUUGUGCUCAGGCUUUUCUGCGCAUGGCAUCCGUAAAAAUUAAACCAAGUUGCAUAUUUGUCCACCAGAACGUUGCUGAAACAACAGCAAAUGAUAAAAACCAAGAGGGAAGACGACUUCUUGAAAAGAGACUUAAUGAAAUUGCUCGCAUAGCUGCCAAAGAUGAAAAUCGAGAAGCUCAAUGUUUCAGUGACAUCAUUCAAUUUGACAUAAACACCCAAGUGUUUUACUUCAAAAACCUCCUGGAAGGAGAUCCUCCAAUGGCACCUCCCAAUCCAUCCUACAGCCAAAACGUCCAGGAGCUCAAAACCCAACUACUCCACAUAAAACAGUGGCAAACUAAAUGCAAACUGUCCACACUGUCCGAAUUCAAGUUGAGAAUUGAAGACCUCUGGAAGGCGCUGCGCAGAGAGAACUUCAUUUUCAGUUUCAGAAACACCUUAGAGGUCAUGGUGUACAACAAGCUGGAGAAUCACUAUGCAGACUGGUCCUGGAAACUGCGGAAACAUGCCCUGGAGACACAACAGAGAUGGCUAAAUGAAAUCAAAAGCCACUUGGUAGCUGACGUGUCAGUUUCACAGCUAACUGAGGACUUCCAAGACAUUUACAAAACCGUCACAGAAGAAAUGGAGACAUAUUUCAAGAAUGAAGAACAUACACAGAUCCUGGUGAACUGGAGGAGCAACACUGAUUUAAGAAUCCAGAACCUGAAGGAUGAACUUAUUAAUGAGACAUGCAAGCUUUGUGAGGAAAUGCUCAACAUUAAUCGUUCUAAAUCCCAAUUAGACUCAAAAAGGACAGAAUAUGAGGCAGAAUUGUUAACAAAAAGCAGAUCUCUGGCAGAAAGGUUGAAGGAUAAGGACAGCAAAUUAAGUGAUCAACAAAUGAAGGAGCAAUUUAACAUCUUAUGGAGGGAAUUGGAAGAGAAGGUGUCCAGAGAGAAGCCUAUGGAAAAGGCUGUGGAUAUCAAGACCAAAGUGAAAACAAUUAUCUUCAACCACUUCAGAAAGGUAAAAAACAUAAUGGAAAUGGUACAAAAUGACAGGGUGACAUUUCAGUUCAAAGAGGAAUAUGUCCAAUUUAAUCAAGGAUUUUGGAAAAGAAUGUGGUCAAAGACACCCUUGUCAUCAAAAAAUGAUUUGAAACAAAAAGGUGAAGAACUCACAAGGAGCAUCCUGGAAGAUGUUGAAAAAAACAUUAAACAAAAGGAGAAUAAAGAACUUGAUUUCAAUGAGUCUUAUGUUCAUGAAAUUUUGGAUCUGAUCAAACAAAAUGCCAAAUUUCUAAAUGAUCCAAACAUUGAGCUCACAAUGCAUUAUGUUGUAGAUCUUUCAAUUUUUGCUUGUUCUGAAGCAGUGAACCACUUCCAGAGAAUGCACCACACAUUCAAGAAAAAUAAUGAUUUACUCACUUAUCUUAACAGCAAAAAAAAGGAUUCUUUUCAGAUAUUUAAGAGCUUUUGUGAGAAUGCCUCCUCUGUCGAAUUCUUCGUCCACUUCUUGUGCAAUCACAUUAAGUCAGCAAUCCUAAAGGUUGUACCUGAAAAUGUAAGUGUGCACAUUGCUGAUAAAAUGAAAAGUGACUAUCCUGCUUUCAAUGGUAACAGGACCAACCUGGAAAACCACAUUCUGGAUUAUCUUGCAUGCAAUGAAAAGUUUAAUGACUACAUGACAUACAUACACUUCCCUAAAAAGUUUCAUGAGAAAUUCAUACAAGAAAAGGUGAAGAACUGUUGUGACUCGGAGGAAACACAGAAAAUGCUCCUUUCAAACUUGUCAUCUGUUGUUGAUGACACUUUGAAGACAUGCGAUGAGGUAACAUGUUCUGUGAAUGAGAAAAACGGAACUCCCUCAAUGUGGUUAGAUGAGCUGUGUUCACAACUCGGCAGGAAAAUGACAUUAUCAAGAGAAGAUUUCAAAAUCAUAGAAAAAGAAGAUCUUGAAGAAAAAGGACGAGGGUACGAAAAGAAAGACAUAAAGAGGUUUGGGUUCUUUAGAGGAAAAAUGAUAAAUUCACUUGAAGAAAUUCAGAAAAAUGGAAAGCAAGGCUUUGGGAAGUCUGACAUGACCGACAUGAUACAGAGAGCAGGGGAAAUUCUAUGCAAACAGUUGAGUGGAUGCUGGGAGCAGUGUCCAUUUUGCGCAGCUAUCUGUACGAACACAAUCCCUGAUCACUCAUGUCGCCACAGUAUGGAGUUCCAUCGCUGUGGGAUUCUGUCUGGUGUGCAGUACAAGGACACAGACAUAGCCUUCAUCGAUUUCUGUACCACUGCAGUAGGAAGUACUUUGAGGUUUUAUCACUCAAAAUCUGGGAAAACGAUUCCCUACAGUAAAUACGAAGAGGCUGGCGACCCCUUGGACAAAUGGAAAAUCACAGCAGAUGGAAGUGAAAAGUGCUACUGGAAGUGGUUCAUCUGUACAUUCCAGUCAGACCUAGAGAAAAGGUACAAGUGCAGAUUUGAAUCCUGGGGUAAAAUUCCAGACGAUUGGAAAAAAAUAACAAAGGAAGAUGCACUAAUAGAGCUAAAUGUUCAGCCAAAAAAUAACCAACAAAUGUUCUCUUUUUUUCAAUCAAUAAAAAAUUAAUUGCAACAUGUGAUGUAGUUUCAUCAUCCUGCUAAUCUGGAACAUGAAGUAGGCAAACAUUUAGUUGGGAAAAACUUAUGUUCUGCAUGAAUUAUAUAGGAACUUAACAUCUUAACAAAAUUUGUUUAUAUAGCAAAAGUUGAACAGUUUUUCCUUGUUUUUUGGUCAUGUAUUCCCAGCACGAGAGUAAAUGCUUCAUCUGGAUUUUACAACAUUAUUUUGGUAUUUCUCUAGGUUGCAAUGUGAUUCAAAAUAAGCGUAGUUGAGAUGAUCCAGGCUUGACAAAUAUGGUUCUGAAGAAAAGAAGUGAAUUACAUAUAGUACUCCUGUAUCUUCCAUUUCUCCCAAAAUAGUAAUGUUCAUUGUUAUGAGACUUUUGUACAACUAUUAUAAUCUAGUUUCAGCAACAACAAAAAUUUUGCCCCAACAAUCUUAACUGCUAGACUACAGAAUAACAACCAACUGCUCAUGAGAUGGAAAGAUAUAGGCUUACUAUUUGUCCUUUGGAAUUUUUGUUGAGUUCAUUUACACUUUUUGAGAGAUAGAAAUAACUGAUAUAUUUUAUGAUCCCAGAUGAAAAAUGUUGAUUGGCCUAUUAGUAAAAAAAGGAAAUAUACAAUGUUUAAGAUAUGUUAUGUUUAAGAUAUAACAUUUGUUAAUGAUUAUAACAUAGUCCACAUUUCAUAGCUGAUUAUGAACUGUUUGCAUGAGCUGUAUGUCAGUUAUUAAAAUAAA